CUCACCGCGCCUAUCGGCCGUGCUUUUCUUCUUCCUCUUUAAAAUUUCACGCCAUUCAUUUAUUUUUCAGAAAGUUUAACACCACCUUUAUAUCGCUAAAAUGUCUGUUCAAAUCGAGCCCGAACAAUUUCUUACUUUCCAGCGCCCAUUAACUAGAGUGGUUGAGGAAAAACUGGCCAUCAGAAAUCCCAACUCGGGUCCCGUGGCGUUCAAGGUGAAAACCACAGCCCCAAAGCAGUACUGCGUACGUCCGAACUCUGGUAUUAUUAACCCGAAUGCCACCCGAGAAGUGCAAGUGAUGCUUCAACCAUUCAAAACCGAACCUGAGCCUGACUACCGGUGCAAAGAUAAGUUCCUUGUGCAGACCGUGCUGGUUUCAGCAGAUAAGGAACUACUCCCAAUCAAUGAUCUGUGGACACAAGUAGAAGCGGGCAAGAUGGGAGCCAUCAAACAACACAAACUGCGAUGCGCUUUCUUGCCGGUGAACGCAGAGGUAGCCCACACCGAGCCAGUAGUGGCCGACCUUUCCAACGGCACGCAUCGUGCACUAUCGGCUGCUCCUGAAGUUCGGGAUCGCCAACAACAAUCUGUACCGGAGGCUGUUGCUCCUCUCCAAAACGACUACAGCUCAACACAAAACGAAAUGAGGCAGAUGAAGGAAAAACUGCUGGAGUACGAAAGGGAAAUGCUCAACAUCCGACAGAUGAAGGAACCAGCUGUCACCGAAGUCAUCCAGGCUCCUCAAGGAUACCCAAUCCAGGUUUUGGUGAUGGUGGCUAUCGCUGUAUUUGCAAUGAGCUAUGCGAUUUUUGCAACGAAGCAAUAAGUCGUCGUCGCUGUCGUCUUCAUUAUCGUCGUUUGUUGUUGCGCUAUUGUAGUAUGGCCCUUCCGUUUUCUUCUUCUCUUUUUCUACAUUCUUACAUUUGACUCGAGAAAAAAACACAUACCUUUAUCUUUCUACCACUCUCUACCAAUUAAAAAGAUUACUUCUGACGAGUAUAUAU